AUGACCAACGAGUCAGUCAAAAACAGCUGCCAGGAUGCAGGCAAGCACAAACAACUCGACAGAGAAAUCAGAGACAUGGUCUCUGUCAUCACCAACCGAGUCACUGACCUCCACAAAUCUGGCUCAGCCCAGCACGAAGACGACGAUGAAAACGGCGUGAGAAUCAUCACACUGGCUGGAAACAACAAUGGAGCCUCACUGAGAAGUGAGCUGGAUCAUGAGAACAACAACAAGCCAGCAGGGCUUCAUGGUGGUGGGCCGGCAUUUGGAGAGCAGCCUGAUGGGUUGAGCACUUAUGUGAACAGCAAUUUCCAGAGCGUGAACAAUUCUCUUAUGAUGGGUGGCAGCUACAGCACGAAUGAUCCCGGUGUUCGGGUGGAUAUCACUGAUGUUGUGGAGCCUCAUGGGUAUCAUACCAAGCCGGAGAAGCGUGGAUGGAAGGGGAAGAAGAAGGAGAAGGAGAGGGAAAACUUCCACAGUGACCAACAUCAUGAGCAUGAUGAUGAGUGA